AUGGCAUGGCAUGGCAUGCACCCAGCCUCCUCGGAACAGCAUACAGACACGUACGCAGGCACGCAAAUGUCAGGGCUGAGGAUCUGUAAUGUAUGCAUGUAUCACAUCUCCUCCUCUGGUUCCUCUGCUUCUGCUAGCAGCAGCAACGGUGCCGACGUUACCUCUACUGUUGCCGUCAUUGUCUCGUCUGCCACCUCUGCCGCGGGCUCUGCUGCCUCUUCUGUCCGCUCCUCCAUGACCUCCAUGGCCAGCUCGGCUGCGUCCGAGGCCGCGAGCCUCACCUCUUCCAUCAUGUCCGAUGCCAACUCUGCUCUUUCCUCCCUCUCCUCCGAGGCCAGCGAAAUCAUGGCAUCCGCCUCUUCUGCCAUCUCCUCUGCUACUGAGAGCGCUGCGAGCGCUGCCGAGAGCGCUACCGGCUCUGGUUCCGAGGCUAGCGGCACUGCUACCAACAGCGAGGGCGCCGCUCCCAGGGUCACUGGCUUGUCCUUUGCCGCUGGUGCUGGUAUGGCCGCCUGGCUCCUCCUCUAA